CUACCAUAUUUGUUUAGAGAAGUCAACUACCUACUAUAAUUCGAAAGAGGGACGACGUUUUACGAUUGAGAUUGGCCGAUACAUACUAGGAAGGCUCGACGUUAACCCUUGAGCUUCCGUUUCCUUCUUCCCCACCCCACCACCACCACCAACUGAUUUCCUCUGACAAAUACUCCUCCACUAAAGCCCAGCAUAGCAUCUCCCGUUACUCUCAAACAAAACAAAGCCGGCUCAGCUUCCAACACCUGACAUACAUAAAUAAAUUAAACCAUACAUACGCCGACACAUACAUUAGUACUAUAAUAUUUACUUCGACUAUGUAUGUAUGACUAUGUAUCGAUUUCAACUGAAACUUCAGGGCGCGAUUUAGAAUCCAAGGGCUUGGGAAGGAAAAUGCCGAUAAUGGGUUUGAGCGCCGGAGACGUGUCCGGUUUCAAAUUGCUGAUUUCGCUGGCGGUUAUGUACGGGCUGAUGUCGACUCUGGCCUACCACGUUAUGUACAUGAAGUUCAUUACCCCUCUCGGCGUCGACGCUCCGCUCGACCGGUUUUCUGAAGCCAGAGCCGUCGAGCACGUCCGAGUUUUGUCCAAGGAGAUCGACGGUAGACAGGAAGGGCGUCAAGGAUUACAUGAUGCUGCUCGAUACAUUAAAACACAGCUUGAAAUGCUCAAGGAGCGAGCUGGAUCUAAUGUUAGGUUUGAGAUUGAGGACACCAUUGUUAAUGGCACCUUCAACAUGAUUUUUUUGGGUUAUAGCUUAUCUAUGGGGUAUAGAAACCAUACAAACAUUAUAUUAAGGAUAUCGUCUGUAGAUUCACAGGACACUGACCCAUCAGUUUUAGUGAAUGGCCAUUUUGAUAGUCCACUUGGUUCUCCCGGCGCUGGCGAUUGUGGUUCAUGUGUUGCAUCGAUGCUGGAAAUAGCAAGGCUAACUGUUGAUUCUGGCUGGGUUCCUACUCGACCAAUUAUUUUCCUAUUUAAUGGUGCUGAAGAACUUUUUAUGUUGGGUUCGCAUGGCUUCAUGACAACACAUAAAUGGCGUGAUACAAUUGGAGCUUUUAUUAAUAUUGAGGCAUCUGGCACAGGAGGCCCUGAUUUAGUCUGCCAAUCUGGACCGGGGUCUUGGCCUUCGCUUGUGUACGCUCAGUCAGCUUUAUAUCCUAUGGCACAUAGUGCGGCUCAGGAUGUUUUCCCUUCUUUUCCUGGAGACACAGAUUACAGAAUGUUUGCCAAUGACUAUGGCAAGAUUCCUGGACUGGAUGUGAUUUUUAUCCUUGGUGGUUAUUUUUAUCAUACCUCCUACGACACAGUUGAAAGACUAUUACCCGGCAGCAUCCAAGCACGUGGGGACAAUAUUUUCAGUCUAAUUAAAGCCUUUGCCAAUUCUUCCGAGCUACAAACUGCCUUUGAACGAGAAUCUCGUGGAGCUUCUACCCAUAAAUUUGAUGAUGAAAGGGCUGUUUUCUUUGAUUACUUAUCAUGGUUCUUGAUAUUGUACUCCAGAAGGCAAGCUAUGGUACUUCACAGCAUUCCUGUUGCUGUCUACCUUUUCAUGCCCUUCCUAUUGCGCUUAGGGAAUUUUGGAUUACGUUGUUUGAUAGCAACACUUUUUGACUUCAUUAAAGGAAUGUUACUCCAUGCUGUUGGGGUCAUACUUGCAGCUCUUGUUCCAAUGAUCUUCUCUAUAUUGAGAGUGCUUUUCUCUGGCCAUGCAAUGAACUGGUUUGCUCAUCCAUACUUGGCUUUCAUGAUGUUCGUACCAUGCUCACUUGUUGGUCUGCUGAUUCCGAGAAUUGUUUUGAGAUCUUUUCCUCUCUCUCAAGAUGUUUCUGCUCUUAAAUCAUCAGAAGAGGUUGCUAGAUCCAUAUUUUCGUACUCCACUUUUACACACUCAGACGACAUAUCACUACAAAUCUUGCAGGAACUAGCUGGCGAAGCGAGGUUUUGGGGAGCAUUUGGCUUUUAUUCUUUGGUGACUUUGGCUUAUCUUGUAGCUGGGUUGAGUGGAGGUUUCUUGACAUUUUCCGUGUCAGUUUUUAUGCUUCCUGCAUGGAUCUGCUUUUGCUUAUCGCUCAAGUCAUUUGGUCGUCAAUCACUCAGGUCAAUAGCAUUUUAUGUGAUACCUCUAGUGCCCAGCCUUACAUACUCGGUCUACUUUGGUGGGUUUCUUGCCCAAUUCAUAAUUGAGAAGAUGGGCAUGAUGGGUUCUUUGCCACCUCCUCAUGGGUAUUUCAUUCCUGACGUUAUAGUAGCAGCAGCUAUUGGAAUUGUGACCGGUUUGUGUGUGGGACCCCUUAUACCAGUCCUUGGCCAUUGGUUGGCCAGAUCUGCUAUCAUAAAAUUCUUGCUGCAUCUUACUGUGCUUUCCAUGGCACUGUCAUCACAGUUCUUUCCAUAUAGCAUUGACGCACCUAAAAGGGUUAUUUUCCAGCAUACAAUUUUGACUGCAGACGCAGGUCGCAUUCUAGACUCCAGUUAUGAUUUCUCUGUAGUUGACUCGAAUUCUUUAAAUUAUGUUUUUAAACAUGCACCUGAAGUGGCGAAGGAAUUGAAAAUUGGCUCAGAGAUAUCUUUUGGAACAACCAAUUUAUCUAGCCGGGAAGAUUGGAUGGCAAUUUAUCCACUCGUUGACUUGUUUUCAAGAAGCUUGAAGUUCCCCGCGAGAAGUGAUGAUGUAUUGGAGCAAUAUAGAUAUUUCCCCCAUUUAUCGAGUUAUAGGCCACAAAUGAUCUCUGGCAAUGGUAAUCGGAAGGUCUACUUGGAGUUAUCCUUGGGUUCUUCAAAGGAGGUUUGGGUUGCAAUUCUUAACGUCACUGGCCCUCUAUCUAAUUGGUCACUUGCAAACAGUGUACUUCCAGCUCCUGAAGCAUUCAAAGGUGGUCCACCUUCAUACAUGUGUAGACUUAGUGGCACAAGCCCUGAUAACUGGACAUUCUGGUUGGAGGCAAGCAGUUCCGAAGCCAUAAGGAUUGAAGUUGCUGUGUUAGACCAAUACUUGGUGGAAGAUGCAAGGAAGUUGAAAGCCCUAUUUCCAGACUGGGUGGAUGUUAUUGCUUACUCGUCCUUUUUGUCCAGUUACAUCUUCUAGAUCCCUUCAAAAAAAAUUUCAGGCACAAUUUAUGAGCUGCCCUGAUUUUGUUGAAAGCACCUUUUGUAUGCGACAAUUUUAUUUGAUGAAAGGAAUCUAUAGUUUCAUUUGUAAUUUCA